AUGCAAAUAUUUGAACAGCUGGGCGAAACAAAAAAGUGGAAGGUGUCCCUGUCUCCUCUUUCAAUGGAAUCAAGAGAGGGCGAUGAAACAGCAUAUAGAUUAGUUAUUCAUGAUGACCUCUCUCCACUGCCUAGCAGAGAGAGCAGCAACAGUAGCGGGACCUGCAAACGAAAAACGGCGGAAAAGCCCACCAACAGAUACGUACCUUCGAAUGCACGAAAUUCUACACUUGUUAUGAUUGGAAAUAUGUUUGAGCAGCAGAUGCAGAGGCGUGUGUCUCGCCGCACGGCAUCAGCAGCUGAGACACUUGCUGGAGGAGACGACGCGGCACUCCUGUCAGCACGGAAUGCCCUCCCUACCCUGGAAGUUGACAGCUUUACCUUAGAGGCUUCCCAGAAUCUUCCUAUCCCCACGCAGUUCUCUUGGCUCUUCAAGUUCCGCGAUGGAAACCACUGCCUUCUUUUAAAUACACUGUACAGCGCAUUCAGCGACAAGGCAAACAAUGCAACGCUCUUCCUCACUUCUUCUAAGGAGGAUUUUCACCGCCUUGCUGCCAUUCUUAAUCAGGGAGGUUUCUCCAUAAGUUGCCCUGGAUUAAAGAAGGGAUUGCACCAGGAGUGGAAUUCGAUCCAACAGGCCUUGCUGAGAAAAUGUGAUGGAGAACAAUCAGAAUCAUGCGAAUUUGCUCUGCUACAAUUGCAUUUUAGAGAACUGGAUAUCGAGCUCCCUGAAUCAGGCUACGGUCUUCACUGA